GAAUAUUGUCAUCGCUCGGUCUGUUCGACACAACACGGCACGCCACGACUGCCAGGCCACUCGCCUCGUACAAUCAUACUAUACUGUAUACCGAAGCACUCUACGCUGCCAUCCGUAAUUGCGAGUCCCUAGGACUACUAAGCAUCUCCGAGCGAUCGCCGCCAGAGAACCGCUUGCCGUUUUCCCCUGUUCUUCCAGCCACUCAGCAACCUUGCGUCGCACUUGAUCUCCCAGACUCCCCUCUCGGAUCGAUAACCAAUCCGACGCCGCCUCUCUUAACCCGCGAACUCUAUUCGCGCUAACAACUGUUGUGGAAUCCAACCUCACGUCGCCAUCUCAAAAUACUACAGAAAUGGCUCAACCAGGAGUCCAGUCCCUGAAGUGUGUGGUGACAGGUGACGGUGCUGUCGGAAAGACAUGCUUGCUGAUUUCCUAUACAACGAACGCCUUCCCUGGCGAGUACAUCCCUACUGUCUUCGACAACUACUCGGCGAGUGUGAUGGUCGACGGAAAGCCAAUUAGUUUGGGAUUGUGGGAUACUGCUGGUCAGGAGGAUUACGACAGACUGCGACCUCUUUCUUACCCCCAGACCGACGUCUUCCUCAUUUGCUUCUCUAUUGUCAGCCCGCCAUCAUUUGACAACGUCAAGGCCAAGUGGUACCCCGAGAUCGAUCACCAUGCACCAAACAUUCCCAUCAUUCUCGUCGGUACCAAGCUCGAUUUGAGAGAGGACCCCAACACCCUCGAGUCGCUCCGCCAAAAGCGUAUGGAGCCUGUCUCGUACGACCAGGCCCUGAUUUGUGCCAAGGAGAUCAGGGCGCAUAAGUACCUCGAAUGCUCCGCUCUCACACAGAGGAAUCUCAAGAGCGUUUUUGACGAGGCCAUUCGCGCCGUCUUGAACCCCCGACCUGUCGUCCAGCAGAAGAAGAAGUCCAAGUGCACGAUUUUGUAAACGCGUUCAAGUGAUCUUCAGCGUUGCAGGUUAAUAUUGGAAAUGGUGUAAAGAGGUGGAUUACACAACCAGUUCUUCGCUACCUGUCCGUUAAGACUGGACCAUGUUGCACGUCUCUGUGCCUUGCGCUUAUUUCAAAGAACGACACUACUUUCGGAGGCACACUGCAGAGAGCUCAGCUCAGCUCAUCCUGCGAAGAUCGCAACGACCCCAACUAUUCGAUUUCGCUUACCUCCCUUGCCUGGCCUUGUUACAGACAUGGCUAUGUAUCACAGAUACGUUGCGGCGGUGUGACGAAUGGAAUAUGCUUUGUUGUCGCUUCUCUCUUUCUUUCGCCUGGGAAAAGACUGAAUAUGACA